AUGACCGACAAGACAUUCACCUUCUCGGAUGUUGCCGAGCACAACACCAAGAAAGACCUUUACAUGAUCGUCCAUGACAAAGUCUACGACUGCACAAGCUUCGUCGAUGAGCACCCAGGUGGUGAGGAAGUUCUCCUCGAUGUCGGUGGCCAAGACUCAACCGAAGCCUUCGAAGACGUCGGCCACAGCGACGAAGCGCGCGAGAUCUUGGACGGUCUGCUCGUCGGUAACUUGAAGCGUGAGGACGGUGACCCCAAGCCAAAGUCCGUAGGCGCCUCCACCGCAACUACUGCCACCACGGACAGCGCCUCCGCGGGCGUCGGUCUCUACGCCAUCAUUCUCGUCGGAGGUAUCCUUGCUUUCCUCGCCUACAAGUUCCUACAGUCGCAGUAGAUGAGGCGAUGGAAGCGACGGGCGUUGUCGUUCCGGCCUUGCCUAGCUGGCAUUGCCAUUCCCAAUCACCAAACGAAGGUGGGAAGCGGAAUGGACGGGAUUUUGCGGGGAGUUUCGGAGAUUUGCCCCGGGGUGUUCGAAAAGCCUUCUUUUCAACCGGCUUUUUCGAUCCACAUUCAAGAGGAUUAGCUGCAUAGACUUUGAGCUCUUGCAAGGGGAGUCGAAAUUCGAGAUGUUAGUGUCAGCUCUUUUAUCAGACUAUUGGCAUAUAGAUAUGUGUUUGCCGGUGUCAAACUUUCAUUUGGCACCAAAUCCUUUUCUAAAGCAACUUUCUCUCCACCUGACUUCUUGGGCUGUGCGAUGGAUUGCCCCCAUCGCACAUAGAUACCUAUCUACGUGCGUGUGUUUACUUGAAACUCCCUUUCUGAAAAUCAAUUCCGCUCCCUCCCUCCAAGUCUCUGCUGCAGAUAUGGUUGCUCAUUCAUCCGUGUUCCUUCACCAAUCACCACAGCCGCGUUACAGAUUUACCUCACACGCGGAAACGUUAUACAUAAACCCACUUGACAGAUAUAUAUACCACACGUUAACCAACAGAGAUUAUAACAAGCCACGCACACGGGAGAAAAAAAAGAGUCUUCAAAGAAAUCAACAAUCAAUCGCUAGAUGCUAUAAACCCAAUAUUCUGUAUAUACAAGCUACGCACGCCGCUCCAACUUCCAGCAAUUUCCAG